AUGGCAGUAGCCACGAUAAACUUGACUGUUAACAUGACAAUAAUGGGCGAUAUGAAUGCCUCCAUUGCGGUUAACGAAUGGGUUUUGAUUGUCAGUACUUGUGUGCUUCUCUCGUUUGACACGGUUAUCUCCUUCUACACCGCAUUAGCUCUCACACAAACUCGGAUCGAUUCGGCCCUGUCGAAAAUUCUCAUGUACAAUCAUAAUGUGUUCAACGGAACGUUCUGUAUUGUGGUCAGUUAUCUGCUGGUGUCGCUGAAUUUCACUUUCCCAUAUGGAGCACCGUCAGGUGAUCCGUUUGUCUGUCGUGUCGUACAAAGUGGGUUUCUGGUUGAUCUAUCUAGUACCGCUGUGAUAUGCAACGUAAUAUGUCAAUGUGCUGAUCGAUUUUGGGCCAGCAUUUACGUCAAAUCAUAUCGUUCUCGUACAAAACUAUACAUUAUUGCAUGUUAUGUGUUCAUUCCGGCCUACUCUAUUCUUGUUUCCGGUCUGCGCUUCUUCCAGACGAAUAUGGUCAAUGGAUUAUGUGCCCCACUGGUAGAGUCUACGAUGAAGCAUGUGUUAGCUACCAUGGAGCUCAUAUUACUCUAUUUUCUACCAGUUGUCAUUGUGAUCAUGAUGACCAUCCCAGUUGUAUGGCAAUUGCGACAGUCAAUAAUUGGUAUUGGUCGUAAUAAUAAUAACAACACCAGCAGCAGUAGCAGAUCAGCGUCACAACAACCCAACUCGAUCGAGACUGCCCUCACGAAUGAAGAUUUGAAGAGUGCUUUCAUGGUUGCCCAGCGAGGCGUAUUUCUCCACGCCCUGGUAGUCGCGAUCGAACUCACUGUACUGUUAUUUAUCAUUAUUAUCCUUCUAGCGUUAGAUAAAUUACAGCUCAUCAAAUACGGGGCUGCUUCCCCAAUUCGCACAUACUAUUACUGCUUUAUCUCACUGUUCUCCACGUUCAAUUCGUUCGUAACCAUUUUGACAGUGACUGCUUUGAGGCGGACCGUAGUGAGACACUGGCAAAACUGUAAGGAAAAACUUGUCCACUCACAGACCAGGUGUCAAUGUUUGCAUCGAGAAUCCAAUUGA